AUGAUGCAGCAGGGGGAUCAGACGAUGGAGUGCAGCGGCAAGGAGCAGCAGAUGCAGAUCGUGUGCGUGCGGGGCGCGUCGACGGGCGGCGCCGUGGUCGGCGAGGAGGUGGGGGAGUGGGCGGAGGAGCAGUCGUCGCGGUCGGCGCUGUCGCUGUUCAAGGAGAAGGAGGAGGAGAUCGAGCGCAAGAAGGUGGAGGUGCGGGACAAGGUGUUCUCCGUGCUGGGGCGGGUGGAGGAGGAGACCAAGCGCCUGGCGUUCAUCCGCCAGGAGCUGGAGCUCAUGGCCGACCCCACGCGCCGGGAGGUCGACGCCAUCCGCAAGCGGAUCGACAAGGUCAACAAGCAGCUCAAACCGCUCGCCAAGACAUGCCUCAAAAAGGAGAAGGAAUACAAGAUGUGCCUCGAGGCGUACAACGAGAAGAGCAACGAGAAAGCCACGCUGGUCAACAGGCUAAUGGAGCUCGUAAGCGAGAGCGAGAGGCUGCGGAUGAAGAAGCUCGAAGAGCUCAACAAGACGAUAGAGUCCCUCUAUUAG